AUGACGUCAUUGAUAUCUGCGCAAUUACGUAAUGGGCGCAUUUGCAGCAAUCCUCGAAGCGGUGCUUCGAUCUCCGAUAGCUCGACACGGUGUCGAAACCUAAGCACUGGACCUUCCCAGUAUGUCUUGGUCAUUGCCUUUGGACGUCCCUCUAAUUUGAAGAUGUUCACAUGCCCUAAACCAGCUCGCCGAUCUGUGAGUGUUGCUGAGAGAUGUGCAGUUACCAGCAGUGAGAAGCUCGCUUGUGGAGCGUCUGCAUUCAUCACUCAAGCAGACUGUGAAGCCAUCAACUGUUGCUACGAUUCGCAGAUCCUCGCCCUUCAAUGCUACUAUGCUAAUGAUGUGACUGUGCAGUGUACAUUGGAUGGCCGGUUUGUGGUGGUGGUGUCUGAGAAGGUGACCCUUCCUCCCCUGGAUCUUGGGUCCAUCCAGUUGGUGGACAGCAGUUCCCCCAGCUGCAGUCCUGUGACCAGCCUGUCCACCUUUGUCGUGUACCAGUUUCCAGUCAGUUCCUGUGGCAGCACAGUUCAGCUUGCUGGUGGCAAUGUGACUUACCAGAACACCAUGUCUGCUGCCAUCACUGUGAGGAGUGGUCCAGAGGGCUCCAUCACCAGGGACAGCUUCUACAAGUUAUUCUUCCAGUGCACCUACUCUGGAAGCCAGGAUGUGCAAGUGGAGGCUGAGGUGUAUACUGUGGCGCCACCUCUUCCAGUAGUAGAGCAAGGGCCAUUUGACCUGGAAUUGGUCAUUGCAACAGAUUCCUCCUAUGGCUCCUACUAUGUGGAUGCUGACUACCCAGUGACCAAAACUCUGAGGGAUCCUGUGGCUGUGGAAGUGCACAUCCUGAACAGGACUGACCCUAACCUUGUGCUGACUCUUGGGGACUGCUGGGUCACCCCAGGCCCUUCUGCUUCCAGCCAGCCCCAGUGGAGCCUUCUGGUGAAUGGGUGCCCAUACAUUGGAGACAACUAUUUGACCAGCUAGGUGAGUGUUGACAGCACAUCUGGAGUGGCCUACCCAAGUCAUUACAAGAGAUUUGUGUUUGAGAUGUUUGCUUUUGUGGACCCUGUAGCACGGCAAGCCUUGGCUGAACAG